AUGCGAUUUUCUGCCACCCUCAGGGAUAGCAGGACGAGACGAAUCUACAGUCGCGCUACCGACUUCUUGUCUAUCAAUCAACCAGAAUGGACUGAUGCACAACGAUCGGUCCGCGAGGCUAUCGCAAAAAUUUGCUCCAAUUACCCUGACGAGUACUGGCUUGAAAAGGAUACGGAGCAUCAAUUCCCAUGGGAGCUAUACACGGACUUAGCCUCAAACGGGUGGCUCGGAAUCUGCCUUCCAGAGAAAUACGGCGGGUCGGAGUUGGGAAUUUCAGAGGCGGCUGUCAUGUUACAGACCAUAUCAGAGUCGGGUGCUUGCAUGAACGGCGCAUCUUCGGUCCACAUGAACAUUUUUGGCCUCGAGCCUGUUUCCAAAUUUGGUCGCGAGGACCAGAAGGAACGCUGGCUCGUACCUCUGAUACAAGGCAAACAGAGAGCUUGCUUUGGCGUUACUGAACCAAACACUGGACUGGAUACUUUGAAGCUCCAAUCUUCAGCUCGACGAGAGGGCGACCAUUACAUUCUUAAAGGCUCAAAGAUUUUUAUAUCGUCGGCUCAGGUUGCCGAAAAGAUACUGAUUCUUGCUCGGACAACACCCAUCGAGGAAGUGACCAAACCGAGCCAGGGUCUAUCUCUAUUUUACACAGACUUGAAUCGAGACUCUGUGCAGAUCAACGAGAUUCCCAAGAUGGGUCGGUCAGCUGUUGAUACUAAUGUACUGCUCUUUGAUGGAUGGAGAGUCCCUGCAGACGAUUUGAUCGGGAUCGAGGGUGAUGGUUUUAAGAUGAUCUUGCAUGGUAUGAAUGCCGAAAGAAUUCUAGUCGGAGCAGAGGCAUUGGGAAUAGGAUAUGCUGCUCUGAGAAGGGCAAGCACAUACGCCGGGGAGAGAGUCGUGUUUGGAAAGGCAAUUGGGUCCUACCAGGGAAUACAACAUCCUCUGGCAGAGUGCUGGAUGAAUCUCGAGAGUGCGAGACUCGUUAUUUACCUGGCAGCCCGCCUGUAUGACCAGGGAUACACCGAUGGAGAGUAUGCGAAUGCAGGUAAAUUUCUCGCGUCGGAAGCUGCUUUCAAAGCCGCCGAGAGGGCAAUCAUGACACAUGGCGGCAUGGGGUACGCUAAGGAGUACCACGUGGAACGGUAUUUGAGGGAAGCGACAUUAUCCCGAAUUGCCCCUGUUAGUGCAGAGAUGAUAAAAAACUACAUCGGGCAAAGGGUGCUUGGCCUUCCAAAGAGCUAUUAA